AUGACCGAAACCGCAGCCGCCGAAGCGGCUCCUCCAGCCGCGAACGCCGCCCAAACCAAGGCUCCCAAGAAGAAGAAGGCGGCCGCCCGGAACAAGGCAGCCGGUCCCACGCUGGGGGAACAGAUCGACCAGAUAGUGGCGGGUUGUCCCAAUAAGAGGGGAAUGUCGGCGAUCGCCAUCAAGAAGGCUCUGGCCACCAGAGGCGUCGAUAUAGCGAAGCGCGGCGCCCAGAUCAGGUUCAGCAUCAAGAGGAAAGCCCCUAAGGAGAAAAGUUCAUUGAAAUUGGUGAAUAAAGCAAAGAAAGCAGCCGCCAAGAAAGUAGUGAAGAAUAAACCAGCAAUCAAAAAGAAGGCGUCUAAUAAAUCUGUCGCCCGGAAAGUUGGGGCCAAGCAGUCUCCCACCAAGAAACAAGGGCCCAGGAAACCAGCGGCUAAAACAGCGGCGGAGAAGAAACCAGAGGCCAAGAAGACGCCGCUGUAG